AUGACAUUGCGAAAAGCAAAGAACUCGACCGCGAAUAUUUUGAACCGAAUUCGAUCUCUCGGCUCCGAUUCCUCGGGUUGUGGUGUUUGUGAAGAAUCCGAUAACGACCACGAUGACGAUGACGAUGACAAUGAUUUGUUUUCUUCGCUGAACGAAUCGCAGGUUAAGGCGAUUCGGCCGUGUCUGAAGACGACAAGUUGUGACCACAGAUCUGUUGAACUCAUAUGGGGUCCUCCUGGGACAGGCAAAACGAAGACAGUUGGCGUGUUGCUGUUGGAAUUGUUGAGUAAUAAAUGUCGGACACUGGCCUGUGCCCCGACGAAUACUGCCGUUAUGCAGAUGGCGUCACGAUUUCUUGUUUUGGUUAGAGAAAUGCACCAGAAAUCUGAAGGGAUCUUCUGUUCUUUGGGGGAUGUUCUUUUGUUUGGGAAUGAGAAGAAGCUCAAAAAUUGUGUUUCUCAUUAUCGUCGCGAUGUUGACGACAUGUCGUUUCUUGAAUUUGUGAGGAAGCAGUUUAGAGCGCUCUCGUCGUCGUCGAGAGACUGCGUGUCGAUUCUCUGCACGCAUGUUCCGAAAAGUAUUUUGAAGCAUAAUUUUCAGAGGCUGGAUUGCCUCAUGAGUUUGAUUGAUUCUUUGCAGAGUUUGUUGUUUCGAAACGGCGUCGUUUUGGACGAGCUUGAGGAGGUGGUUUCGGAUCGAUGUCCUUCUCGAUUGUUUUCGAAAUUUGAGCAACUUUUGAAGGCUAGAAAUGAUUGCGUUGUAGUGUUGAAGUCUCUCCAGCAAUCCUUGGAUGAACUUCGCCUUCCACACACGACAAACAAAGCCACGAUUGCAAACUUUUGUUUUCGGAAUGCUUCUUUGUUCUUCUGUACUGUUUCGAGUUCGUUUAAACUGUAUUCGAAGUCGUUGGCGCCACUGAAGGCCGUGGUGAUCGACGAAGCAGCACAGUUGAAAGAGUGUGAAUCUGUCAUUCCAAUGCAACUUCCAGAUAUAAAGCAUGUAAUUCUCAUAGGUGAUGAGUGCCAAUUGCCUGCCAUGGUUGAAAGCAAAGCUGCAGGUAAUGCUGGCUUUGGAAGAAGCUUAUUUGAGAGGCUGAGUUUAUUGGGGCAUCCAAAACAUCUUCUGAAUAUGCAGUACAGAAUGCAUCCAUCCAUAAGCCUUUUCCCAAACUCAAAAUUCUACUCAAACCAGAUCUCAGAUGGCCCUAACGUCAAAGCCAAAGACUACACGAAGUCGUUUCUUCCCGGACCGAUGUUCGGUUCCUAUUCUUUCAUAGAUAUUAACCACGGAAGAGAAGAGAAGAGAGAUGGCAUGGGACACAGUUGGAGAAACAUGGCAGAGGUUCAUAUUGUCCUCAAAAUUCUUCAUACUUUGUCCAAAGCAUGUGUUCGCUCAAAGGAGAAGAUCAGCAUCGGUGUGGUCUCACCUUAUUCAGCUCAAGUGGCUGCAAUUCAACAUAAAGUUGGGAGGAAGUAUAAUAACUGUGGUGGCUUUACAGUCAAAGUGAGCUCAGUUGAUGGGUUCCAAGGUGGGGAGGAAGAUAUCAUUAUCAUUUCAACCGUUAGAUCGAAUAGUGGAUCGUCGAUCGGGUUUUUAUCGAGUAAUCAAAGAGCAAAUGUUGCCCUCACGAGAGCAAGAUACUGUCUGUGGAUACUGGGGAACUUCAACGCACUCUCAAAGAGUAAUUCAGUUUAGGAAGAGUUGGUUAUUGAUGCCAAAAACCGCGGUUGUUUCUUUCGUGCUGAUGCCAUAUUAGAACACGUAAAAUGUUCUGCUCCGUCGUCUGGCCCAGACAGCGAGUCGAUAUUGGGGAACUUCAACACACUCUCAAAGAGUAAUUCAGUUUGCGAGUCGAAUGUCGAUAUUGACGGUGGAGAAUGCUUCGAUCAGGCAAUUGUUGUAGAUGGAGACGACAAGAAAGGAGGAGGAGGUAAGCUUAAGUCUAGAUGGUCGGGCCCAUUCGUAGUUGAAUAUGUUUAUCCACAUGGAGCGGUGGAUUUAAUGGGUUCCAAAGGUAAUAUCUUUAAGGUAAAUGGGUAUCGGGUCAAGAAAUAUUAUGGUGAGUAUAUUGACAGAGAUCCUAUCUUGACUAAAAAGCCCAUAGUUUUUGAUGAUUUAGAACAGGAAAGGACAACGCCGAAAAUUGACGAAAUUUUGGUGGCGUUGAACGAAGCAAGGGGAGAGGAUCCAUUGGAGGAUGAUGGAAAUAAUGGAGCAGCACAAGGACAAUUGAAUGUUGAUGGAGAGGAUGAAGAUCUUGGAGAAUUACCCUAA